AUGGGUCGCUCUAGGGGAGGAUGCUCCAAUUGUAAGAGGCGGAAACGGAAAUGCGACGAGACGCGUCCAGAUUGCCGAGCAUGCCAAAGGCGUGGCAUCCAGUGCGAGGGCUAUAACACCACACUCAAGUGGACCAACGGAAUAGCCUCGCGGGGUCGAUUUGCUGGGGCCGCAAUCCCUGACCUUGCUGCGAACAAAGCGAGCGCCAACUCAACUACUUUUGAUAGCUAUCUGCCGAACGCUGAAGAUCCACUACACCACACUGGAUCAUCCUCAGCAUCUCCCGGGGCCGAUACACCGAAGCUGUCCGGGGCCGCUCAAGAAUCAGAUACACCGGGGUCACACUCUGAAAUCUCAUAUUUGGCACCAUCGCCCGGCGGCACCAAUGACCCGAAACGGCAGCUUUUCCAGAAAUUACUGACCAUGUCGCAAGUUCUCAACGCGGGGAUGCACCGACUCUACACCACUGAGAGCUCUGGUUGGAUGAAAUCUCACUUUGUCUCAAUGGCGGAGAAAAGCCAAGCAUUUGCUAUCGUCUGUGGUGCUAUCCAAGCAUACCUAGACGACGGUUUCUCAGUCUCGUCAAUGGAAUACGUCGAUCACGCGCUCCAAACUUUCCGAUCGGAAUUAGAAAGCCGACACAACUCCUUCGAUGGAUCCACCGUCUCUGCUGGCCUGCUUCUCUGUAGUCUAUGUGUAAGUCUCGAAAAAGCAUAG